AUUCGAAGUGGAGAACGCCAGGGAGGACGAUUUCAUUCAAGAGAUUGGAACAAGAAGAUCACGUCCUUCGCGUGUACGAAAUACGCAGCUAUACUGGAAGAGAUAAGAAAAGCCAGAGCCGAGGGUGAGAUUGAGAGAAAACAGAAUUGCAGAGGCGGGAGUCGAAGGAGGCGCAAUCUCACAUAGAAGGACUGAGAGCUAGUCAUGUAACAGGCAAUAAUAUUUGUCUGGAUUCUCGAUUCCUUUUGACUGGAAGUGAGAAGUUAGAAUUUUACCCCAGCCAUUUUCUCCUUGAAUCAGCAUUUGCCCUUUUUCAUCACGCAAGCCUUUCUUGGUGGAAUGCUGAUCAACCUCUUGGGAUCUUUUAGCUAAUCGUUGCAUUCUAAAUCCUAACAUAAAGCUGUUUGGUUAAGCAUGUCAGAGCAUUUGUCUCUAGCUCAGUCCAAUCUAUUAGAUGCGUCAUAGCUGCUCAAUUAGUCAAUUCAGCUAGUGAUUUUAAGUGACUUGAUGCGCAUUAGCAUGUAGCGGGACGGUUGGCAUUCUGCUAUUCUCUGAUGCUGAAGUCGUGAAGUUGGCUUUGUUUCACUUGAAAAACUUUUAUUACAAGUUCUUGUAUGCGUGCACUCUCUGUUAUGCCUUUCUAUCCUGUUCGUGUUUUAUGUCUGGUGUAAAAUCAACCCAAGAUUUUAUACGUUCCUGCUGAUGUUCUAUGCUUUCUCUUCUCAAACUGCUGUCAACCUGCAACGCUAAGCCACUAUCCAAACUUUUGCCAUUGGAUCAAAUGGUUUAUAGAUCGUUUUCAGUAACUACAAAUUAUCUGCAGUUCAUAUUGGAUGGCUUUGAGAACAAGAAUAGAGUUUCUGAUUUUGAUUUUCUGUUUCGUUCCUGCACAAAGGUGGAUGAUGCUAAGCAACUUCAUGCUCUUCUUGUGGUGUUGGGAAAAUUUCAAAAUGUUUUUCUGUCUGCCAAACUGGUCAAUUUGUAUGCUUAUCUUGGGGACGUCUCAUUCUCUCGGUGUAGUUUUAAUCAAAUUCAAAAAAAGGAUAUCCGUACUUGGAAUUCAAUGGUAGCUGCAUAUGUUCGUUGUGGCCAAUAUCAUGAAGCCUUAAAAUGUUUCAGUGAAUUCUUGUCCAUCUCUGGUCUUCGACCUGAUUUUUACAGCUUCCCUCCUGUGUUGAAAGCAUGUAAGCAUCUGGUUGAUGGGAAGAAAAUACAUUCCUGGGUUUUCAAAACAGGAUUUGAGCAAGAUGUUUUUGUGGCUGCUUCCUUGAUCCAUUUGUACGGACGGUUUGGUACCUUAGAUGCUGCCUACAAAUUAUUUGCUGACAUGCCAGUUCGAGAUUUGGGAUCUUGGAAUGCAAUGAUUUCUGGGUUUUGCCUAAAUGGGAAUGCAGCUGGGGCAUUGAAGGUCUUGAAUAAUAUGAAAUCUGAGGGGGUGAACAUGGAUCCAAUUACUGUGUCAAGUCUACUCCCACUUUGUGCACAAUCAGAUGAUAUCAUUAAUGGUAUCUUGAUUCAUUCGUAUGUUAUAAAGCAUGGGCUGGAAACUCAUCUAUUUGUUUCUAAUGCUUUAAUCAACACGUAUUCCAAGUUUGGUUACCUGAGGGAUGCGCAAAGAGUUUUUGAUCACAUGAAAGUGAGGGACCUGGUAACUUGGAACUCCAUUAUUGCUGCAUAUGAGCAGAAUUGUGAUCCAAUUAUGGCAUUUGAAUUUUAUAAAGAUAUGCAACUGAUAGGAAUGCAACCUGACUUAUUAACAGUUGUGAGUUUGGCCUCUAUUUUUGGUCAGUUAAGUGAUACAAAGCAUGGCAGGUCUGUUCAUGGAUUUGUUAUGAGACAUGAUUGGCUUGAGGAGGAUGUUGUGAUUGGAAAUGCGCUAGUGAACAUGUAUGCAAAAUUAGGUGCUAUGGAUUAUUCAUGUAGAGUUUUUGAACUACUUCCUAUCAAAGAUGUAGUUUCAUGGAACACUUUGAUUGCAGGUCAUGUUCAAAAUGGUCUUGCAAGUGAGGGAAUUGAUGCUUACAACAUGAUGGAAGAGUAUGGAGAGAUAAUCCCAAAUCAAGGGACUUGGGUGAGCAUUCUACCUGCAUAUUCCCAUUUGGGAGCUUUGCAAGAAGGAAUGAAAAUCCAUGGGAGGCUAAUCAAAAGCUGCUUGUACUUGGAUGUCUUUGUGGGUACCUGCUUGAUUGACAUGUAUGGAAAAUGUGGGAGUUUAGAUAAUGCAAUGUUUUUAUUCUAUGAAAUCCCAAGGGAUACAUCAAUUCCUUGGAAUGCCAUAAUAUCCUGUCAUGGAAUUCAUGGACAUGGAGAUAUUACUCUGAAACUGUUCAAAGAUAUGCUUGCUCAAGGAGUAAAGCCGGAUCAUGUAACCUUUUUAUCUCUGUUGUCUGCCUCUAGCCAUGCAGGUUUAGUCAAUCAGGGUCAAUGGUAUUUUGACAUCAUGCAGAAAGAGUAUGGGAUCAUGCCAAACUUGAAGCAUUAUGGCUGCAUGGUGGAUUUACUAGGUAGAGCUGGGCAUUUGGAAAAGGCGUAUAAUUUGGUGAGCAAUAUGCCUUUGAAACCUGAUGCAUCCAUUUGGGGUGCUCUUCUUGCUGCUUGUAGAGUUCAUGGGAAUGUGGCAUUGGGUAUAUUGGCUUCUAACCGCUUGUUUGAAAUCGAUCCAGAGAAUGUUGGUUACUAUGUGUUGUUGUCAAAUAUUUAUGCGAAAGUUGGAAAAUGGGAAGGUGCAGUUAAAGUAAGAUCAUUAGCCAGAGAUAGAGGAUUGAGGAAGACUCCUGGGUGGAGUUCUGUCAUAGUGGGCAGUAAAGUUGAAAUACUUUAUACUGGCAACCAAACUCAUCCAAAAUGCACGGAAAUAUACAAAGAAUUAAGAUCUUUGACUGCAAGAAUGAAAAACCUUGGUUAUGUUCCAGACUAUAGCUUUGUCUUGCAGGAUGUUGAAGAUGAUGAGAAGGAGCAAAUUCUGAUAAGUCAUAGUGAGAGGUUGGCAAUUGCAUUUGGAAUUAUAAGCACACCACCUAGAAGCAUAAUUAGGAUAUUUAAGAACUUACGUGUUUGUGGCGAUUGCCAUAACGCAACUAAGUAUAUAUCCAAACUUACUGAGAGGGAGAUUGUUGUAAGGGAUUCAAACCGUUUCCAUCACUUUAAAGAUGGAAUUUGCUCGUGUGGUGAUUAUUGGUGACAAACACUGUUUGUUGGUAGUCAUGGAAUAUUUAUUAUUAAUUAAAAGUCUCAAUUACACAAUAUAUCCAAGUGAAUACUAAUUUGCCAAUUGAGGAUGGUUGGUGACCAGUAACGUUAUUUGUUUUAGAUGUCAGUUGGUUCUAAAGGCCUCUCAUUUUGUCCCUGAUUACCUUUUAGAUUGAUCAGUUGGAGAUGAUUAACUGAGCGAGAAGAUUAUGAUUUUUCUAAUUUUUUUUUUUAAUUAUUGGGCUCUAAAGGAGUUAAGAAUUGGACUAGCAGUUCUGCUUAUUUGUCUUAGAAGAUGUCGGAUUAAAUGUUCUCAAUAAUCUAAAUCUAUGCUGGGUGAAAGAUGGCAGUAAGAAGUAUGCCGAGAGUUGUGACAACUGACAAGGUUUUCCUCAAGGACCAAAAUGUUGUUCUGGCCAAUGACUGCAAAAUUCAUAUUUAUAUUUAGAGAAGGAAAAGAAGGAAAUUGGGGUAGGUAUCAAUAUUGUUACUGGUACAAUUUACUAUCGGGAAUUUUCUUCUGAUGCCAAGUUUGGUUAGUAAAGGGAUACCCAUGCUUUUACAUGUAUUGCCAAGCUAAUUUAUCUGUUGUAUAAAAAUUUCAGCUUCAACUAGGGGUUUGCUUGAUUGUUUGUAAUGAGAUGUGCCAAGGGAAGCUGGCGAUAUAUCUUUCCACAGAAGAUGCAGAAAACUGUCUUCCCUGAUAUAAUGCUGUCUUUUGGACCAACCCUUCUGUGUUCGCUCGCUAUGUUUUAUGCUGAUACUGCUUGAUUUAUUAAUGUUAACUAUCAGAGUCAAUUCACCUUUUUAGCUGAUUGACCAUUGAAUGUUCACAACAAUAUUUCACACAUCUCAACCAGUAUGGCAGUAUCAAGAUCUCAUGGUCUCUAACCAAAAAUGUGGAAAAUUUUGAUGGACUGCAUAGAAUGCAGCGGCAAAGUAUGUGCUUGACUCACUGUACGUUACAUUGUUAUUGGUAUCUCUCCAAAGUAGCUUAAGUUGAAUUAGUGGGGUUAUUGAACUGUUAGAUUAACAAGAGAGGCCUUGAUAGUUGGUACCAUUAAGCCAGGGCAGGUUGUACAUGAUUGAUAUGUAUCAUAAUUAUAUUUAACACCGUCACUGCCAAAAUGUACGCACAGGUUACGAUUUUUGCUUCUGGUUGGAGAUGGCAUUUUCCCUGUUUCUGUCUAUCUGUUGCUUAUAACUGACAUAUAGUACUGUUUGGUAAAAUCAUAAUAAUAUUUGGUUCUCUCUUCUCUGCCUUGUUACUC